AUGAUUGAGCGACGGAUUGUCUGUAUUUCUUUCAUCUCAUCGAUUCUUUUCCUUUUCUCUCCAAAUUUCUCUCUCGCUUCCCCACCACCAUCUGUAGGCGCUUUGUGGAAUUUGGAAGAGGUCACCGAAUGUGAGCUUCACUAUAACGCCCUCGUCUACAACAAUUAUGGUUGUUGGUGCGGGAUUGGUGGAGCACACGAGCCGGUCGAUGGCAUUGACAAAUGCUGCAUGUUUCACGAUAAAUGUUACGAUGCAGCUGUUGAUCAAAAGCUCUGCUUCGAUGUUGCGUGGGAAUAUGUGGAUGAUUACAGUUGGAAGUGUGACAAUGGAACGGCUCUUUGUGCAGUCACCGACGAUAAAUGCAAAGCGGCUCUUUGUGACUGUGACAAAGCGGUGGUGGAAUGUUGGAAACAGUUCCCGAAACCGACCGUCAAAGCAAAAUGCAACGGUGUCCGUCGUUUCCUCAACCGACCACAACAUUUCUAUCAU